AUGCUAGAAAGGGAAGUUAAGAUCGCCAAGUCCAUGGCAAAUGACAUAAUCAUCCCAGACCCUGCUCCCAAGUUUGUGGGUGAUGCCUUCUUGGACAUAUAUGCCAAAUUGGAGCACAUCCUUGUAAAGGAUAGUGUCCGGUGCUUCCUCCGAUUUUUCGAGAACUGUGAAGGCCAGGGCAUGUCUUCUUAUCUUACCAUCACCGCACAAACCUUAACCUUCAUUGUCAGUUUCAAUGCCCUGCGAUGUGCAAAAGUCGUAUUGGAGGGCAUGGCACCUGAGCUCUAUGGGAUGCACGCCAAUCCCAACUGCAUAAACAAAUAUGGAUACUUCGUGCUCCAUGAAGCUGCUGAAAGGUUCUCUGUUGACAUGAUCAAGCUGCUUUUACGCCAUGGUGCAUCAGCCAAUGUGCGCACAGUUGGCAAUGAUGUCAUUGAGAAUCUACUCCCGCUCCAUGUCGCAGUUGAGAAUACUUGCCUGCAUAAGUAUCUGGAGGACAAUCUGGAGGACAAUCCUUCUCGCAGCCAGAAUCAUGAGGAUUAUGUCUACAAGCUUAUUCAUCUGCUGUGUCUACCUGAAAUGAAGAUCUUCUUGGACACAAUUAGACUGCUUGCAGAGAAAACAAAUAAUCUACUCGAAGAGCUCUGGAAUUAUAUUGAGGAUGGAAAAAUUAUCCAGUCUGCUGUUCUACUACUGGCUGCUCAAGAGCAGAUCCGUGGGGUUAGUUCUUCCAAGAUAAAUGGCAGUAGUAAGAAAAAUGGGUUUGAAAUCAUCGAGAAGUGUAUAACGAGGCAUUCAUAUGCCUUGAGAAACGAGAAAGGUUCACUUGGAAUGGCACAGGAGCUUCUGGAGGAAAGGAAGACGCUUAACGAUUGUGCAUGGCUGCUUGUUGAUGUAAUUUCCCAUGCCGGUGAAGAUCUUUCUGCAUACAUUCAAGCGCAUUCUGUGGUGUCCCAUGUGGAGGUCUUUCAACAUGUUUCAUCUAUUCUCAAGGAGUGUGGAUUUUGCCCUACUGGAGAUCUUAUGGACACUAUAAACCUCCAGCCUUAUGACUGCAGAAAGUCAAACGGAGAGUCAUGCAAAGGGCUUACAGAUGCAAACAUGGCAGUUAUGGAAUCAGCCAAGCUGAAUGCUGCAGAGAAGAAGGCUGUGAGAAAGAAAGUAGGCGGAGGAUGGGAUCCCACGUAUACAAAGAGAAGCUUUUUCCCAUAUUGGAGAUCAGUGUUACAAACUCGGGUUCCUUUGAAGGUGUAUCCAGCCCAUGCAAGCUCAGAUCCUAGGUCUCGUGUUAACCAUGGACAACUCCAUGUCUCUCUGAGUAACUCAAUAGCCAAUGGAUCUACAACAACUCCAAAUCAUAAACUUGGUCCAGUGCGAAGAACCUCGCCACUUACAAGCAAUAAUCAACCCAGAAGGUGCUUUGUCACUGCUGCUACUGGUGCAUUCAGGCUCUUGAAGGUGCUAACGUAG